UAAAAUGAUGAAUCUCAUCUUGUUUAUCUUCGGUUCAUGCAUCUCAUCGGGUCUCUCCAAACAGUUUGUCUUUGUUAAUGAACUAAAAACAUAUGAUGAUGCCCAGAGCUUCUGCAGAAAACAUCACAAUGAUCUGGCCACUAUUGAAGACAUGACAGAUCUGAAUGAUCUCCAGAACACUGUGAGCGGGAUUACAGAAACAUCUGCUUGGAUCGGACUGAAGAAAGAAGGUCCUCCUCUCUGGUAUUGGUCCCUUAACGACAGGGAAUUCUACAGGGAAGGAGAAGCCGGAUAUAGAAACUGGUUAACUGGACAGCCGGAUAACUGGGGAGGGAAUGAAAACUGUGUUGUGAUCGAUUACGGGGGGAAAUUCCAGUAUAGUUCAUGUUCUUUCCAAAGCCAUUUCAUUUGCUAUGAUGGUAAAGACAAAAUACAUUUAUAAAAUAAUGUGUGCAUGUCAAACUAUUUCCAAUAUGAAACCUUCUAGGUUACAAAUGCAACCUCCGU